UCGUAGAACGAUAUGUGAUAUCGAAGAUAUCGCAGAUAUUGGUAAGUCGGCCAUCGAGUACCUUAGUGGCUACGUAUCCGUGGAACGAGCAGCACAGACAAGUAGACAUGGCUGAGUAUCGCGCUAACAAAGCCGGCAUCAACGCUGAGGCACAAGCUAGAAUUAACAGUAAAUUCAACGAUGACAUCGCUCAUGAAACACUCGAAUGGAUCAAGAAGCUAACCGGCUCGCCUACUGAUACCUCGGGUAAUGUCGACAACCUCUACGAAGUACUCAAAGACGGCACGCUUCUCUGUAAACUGGUCAAUGCUAUACAAGAAGGUUCAGUUAAAAAGAUUAACCAGUCAACGAUGGCCUUUAAGUGCAUGGAAAAUAUCAAUGCAUUUCUCGAGGCAGCGAAGAAGUUAGGAGUGCCGCCUCAAGAGACUUUCCAGACUAUUGAUCUUUGGGAGCGACAGAAUUUGUAUUCGGUGGUGAUCUGCCUGCAAUCGUUGGGAAGAAAGGCGGGUAACUAUGGCAAGCCUUCUAUCGGUCCCAAGGAGGCUGACAAGAAUGUACGCGAGUUCACAGAGGAGCAGCUAAAGGCGGGACAGAAUGUCAUCUCUUUGCAGUACGGGAGCAACAAAGGCCAGCAGUCCGGUAUUUCGUUCGGCAACAGACGUCAAAUGUGAUAUUAUUUACUUUUAAAUGUAUUUUUUUUUUUGUAAAAUUUAAUAAACAGUAUUUUGUAUUUUCUUAAA